AUGGAAGGAAUCGCUGAAGGAGCGGGGCUCGACUUACUUGACAUCCUGGCUCUGAACUGUCGCAGCGAGAUCGCCUUGGGCAAGUUCUCGGAUGGCUGCACAACUUUGAGCUGGAAGAAGAACGAUAACGCACGAGUUCUAUCUCAGAACUGGGACUGGACCAAGACAGUGAGCAAAAACUUGGCCAUGGUCUCCAUCGAGCAGCCCGGAAAGCCUACGAUCUACAUGGUGACCGAGGCAGGCAUCGUGGGUAAGAUUGGGUUCAAUACCGCCGGAGUUGGAGCCUGUCUGAAUGCGAUCCGUGCCAAACCGAUGAUUAGCAGCAAAAUCCCGAUCCAUGUCGCUCUCCGUCUAUGUCUUGAGAGUGACUCGGCAGAAGCUGCGGUGAAGACUCUCGAAUUGAUCGGCGGAGUUGCCUCGGCCCAGCACAUCUUGAUUGCUGAUAGUACCACGGCGUUGGGACUUGAGCUAUCGCCGGUGGGUAAUAAGUACAUCCCCGAAGAUGCAUCGGGUAUUGUCGGUCAUACCAACCACUUUAUUGAGAACCGAUAUGUGGAUGAGCCCCCGUGGCUGUCGGGAUCUCCGAUUCGCCUCAGGCGGUUGGGUGAACUGACGCAGGGACUGAUCGCGAAUGGCGUCGAGGGGGAUGCUAUCACGCCAUCUUUGCUAAGAGAACGGGUUUUCUCAGAUACAUUCAAUGCUCCACAGUCGAUUUGCUGCGAAGAGGAUCCAUCGCGCGAUAUUUCGAACCGAAGCAGCUCCUUGUUCAACAUCGUGAUGAAUCUGGACGCGAAGAAUGUCAGCGCCGAAGUGGUCUUUGGUCGCGUGGGAUCUGGGGAAGAGGGGCCCGUUUUGAAGAUGCCGUGGUAG